CCCUUUCUUCUCAUGUCAAAAUUUGUAUCCAGAGCAGGGAGCCAUAUAGAUCAGCUACAAGAGCAGUUGAGCCGUCGAGAAACAAACGAAGAUCGAGAAUCCCCACUGCAACCUGUUAUUUAUGACCUGGAUGAUGAUAAAGCGGACUCUCAGCGGGACAGCGAUGAUGGCAUUGAAUAUACCGACGUUGAAAGCUCUCAGGCCUUAUCACAAAAGGAUUGGAGAGGAAAGUUAUCUGGGAAUUCAGACAGCACUUUUCGUCGUGGGAAGUCAAGAUCCGCACGACCUUCCUUACCCACAGUACAAUCCGGGAUAACUUCUGACAACCAGAGCCAACCCACAAGAAACAAGAAGCGAAGAGCGACCACUGCAAAUUCAAGCUCAGACAGUUCAAAACUUGGAACCUUUGAUGGCGUCUUUACACCAACUGUCCUUUCGAUCUGGGGUAUCAUCGUCUUUCUACGAUUUGGCUUCAUCAUAGCCCAAGUUGGAGUCAUUGCAACUUUAAUGAUGUUCAGCGUAGCUUAUUUAAUCAAUGUCCUGACCACUCUCAGCAUGAGUGCCAUUAGUACAAACGGAACAGUACGUGGAGGCGGAACUUACUAUAUGAUUAGUAGGAGCUUAGGGAGCCCAGAGUUUGGAGGAAGCAUCGGUAUUGUCUUCUGGAUGGGUUUGAGUAUGUCAGCAGCUAUGAGUGCUGUUGGUUUUUCUGAGCCUCUAUUAGCUAACGUUGGCGAGAAUAGUGGUAAAUUCCUAAAUAUUUUACCAGAAGGACAGUGGUGGAACUUUACAUACGGAGCCAUAGUGCUGUUCCUUUGCACCUUGGUUGCAUUGGCUGGUCCUCAAGCAUACGCUCGAACAUCUCUAUUCCUAGCUUUCUUUGUUCUAUGUGGCACGCUUUCUAUAUUUGCUUCGUUCGCAUUAAAGGCUCCGUUUAUCGAUGGGGAAACGAAGAUCAGCUAUACUGGAUUCCGGUGGUGGAUGCUUCAACGAAACAUGUGGCCCAAUCUGUCAAACGGGAACACCACAGCUAAAGUAUUUGGAGUCCUUUUUCCGGCAUGUAAUGGCAUUCUGGCAGGUGCUUCAAUGUCUGGUGACCUGAAAAAGCCAUCCCAUUCUAUUCCCACUGGAACUCUCAAUGCUGUGUGGAUUACCUACUUAACUUACUGUGCCAUUGUCAUACUCAUGGGCGGAUCAAUUGACCGUCGGUCCAUGACAGAAGAUUUGAAUAUUCUGGAGGAUAUAUCUUCCAUGCCGGUUGUGUUCGCACUUGGAUCCUUGGCUACUGCAAUAUAUGCUGUUUUGGGAGGUGUAGUUGGUGCUUCCAAAAUCAUUCAAGCCAUUGCAAGAGACAACUUGCUUCCUUUCUUACACCCGUUCAAAAAGGGAGCGCCAAAAACCGAUACUCCUUCCAGAGCCAUCUUUUUAACAGUGGCAUUUAUCUUGCUUGUAUGCACUGCCCCUAGCGUUGAUAUCAUUGCUUCUAUGGUGACAUUGACGGCGCUGCUAACAUACAGUGUUCUCAACCUUGCUUGCACUGUUCUGAAAGUUAGCGCGGCUCCCAAUUUUCGUCCUACCUUCAAGUAUUUUCGAUGGUGGACUGCUGCUGCUGGUAUGGUCGUGGCAAUCUGUACCAUGAUAUUUGUCUCGCCUACCUUAGCGCUUUCUUCAUUCGGUGUUGCCACGGCGCUAUUUAUUGUCAUCCAUUACACUUCGCCGCCAAAAAGUUGGGGUAAUAUCACCCAGUCCCUUAUUUACCAUCAAGUCAGAAAAUAUCUCUUACGUUUGGAUACUAGAAAGGAGCAUGUCAAAUUCUGGAGACCGCAGAUACUACUUCUUGUCAAUAACCCUAAAAGCUCCAUUGGAUUGAUAUCCUUUUGUAAUUCAUUGAAAAAAGGUGGCUUAUAUAUAUUGGGACAUACCAUCAAGGGAGACUUCUCAUCAGCGCUACCGGAGCUUAAUCGUCAACAGACAAGCUGGCUACGCUACGUCGAUGCCGCCAAGGUCAAGGCCUUUACAAAUAUAACCAUUGCUGAAUCGGAGAGAUUAGGAGCAAGAAGCCUGGUGCUUGGAUCAGGUCUUGGAGGAAUGAGGCCCAAUAUUGUUAUUAUGGGUGCCUACAACAUUAAAAAUUACCGAGAUCGACACCACGCUGCACAAUCAGAUGCUUCUGUGGAGUCAUCAGCACGUUUAUACUUGCCACCAUCUAGAGAAAGCUCUCGUCAGCGCAACUUAUACCUCGAAUCACAGCUACCAGGGGAUACAACUCGUGAUGAAUCGCCAAUUGAGCCAUGUGACUAUGUAGCUAUAAUAGAAGAUCUACUUCAAAUGAACAAGUCUAUUGGCGUUGGGUUUGGGUUCGACACAUUGGAGACCAUGGAAGCCAGCCAAGAAGAAUAUAGAAAAUACCACAGAAAUCAUAAACGACCUCCUCGAAAACAGAGACGGUACAUUGAUGUAUGGCCGAUACAGGUUUCAAGCCCGGAUGACAAACCAUCGGAUGAUCCAAACUUCAAAAGUCCUCUAGGAACCUACACCAUGAUUCUACAGCUUGCCACCAUCUUAAACAUGGUACAACAGUGGAGAAAACAAUAUCGACUUCGUGUAGUCUGUUUUGUGGAACACCCGGAAGACAUCCCAGAAGAGCAAAGACGCGUAGUGUCACUUUUAGAGAACUUGCGCAUCCAAGCCGAAUUACUGGUUGUUUCCUUAUCGGAAAGCGAAUCAUUGAGCGUCGGUGUAGGUAGUAAUAAUUUUGUUUCAAGUUACACUGCGAUUACACAAGGCAAGGAAGGGGUCAAUGCCCUGGUGGAUGCUUUGGUUGUAGGCACAGAAUGGUGGCAAAACACUUGGAAUUCUAAUAGAACAAGGGAUGAAAGCCACCGCCUCAGCUUGGAUCUGAGCAGUACAAAAGCUAUUAAAAGCACUAAGAGCAUUCAAGAUGUCGAUUCGUAUGGUGCAGAAACAAAUACAUAUAUGGAUAGCGAGCCGCCUUCGGAUACUGAUACUGAACCUGAUAUUCCACCAAAUGCAUUUGCUCGAUUCUCACAGACGCCUUUCAUGCCGCCUGGUAGUUCACCCUUUGAUGACUUUGAAAGAAGAUACUCGCCACCUCCAUUACUUUCUCGAUUUACAUCCGUCCCAAGCUCAUUGACAAUGCGAGUCAACUUACCAGCUGCUAUUGGUAACUCUAGGGUACAUUAUGACUCUUCAUCGUCGUCUGAUGAUAGCUAUUCCAGUGACGAAGACGCCACCCCCGAAGAACCUGCUGACAAACACUAUAGCAACAUUACCUCCCGUUUAACUGAACCUGUGUUGGGUGCAAUAGGCCUAGGAAAGUCUAAGUUACCCCGUGAAGAGGCUGAUCACCAUUCAGAGGAAGGCAGCCUUCGCAAGCUAUUUGGCAAAGGGACCAACAGUUCUGGUUUAGUAGAUUCUUCAUUGGCGUCAGCAGGUAGUAUGCAAGAUUAUGGAUCAAUUCAGAAAACAGUUACUCCAUUGAUAUCGGCACCUACGAACGCAUCGGAAAAACCCUUGGAAUUCAACGACUUGCAGUCCAGAGCGCAGCAUGUCAUUAUCAACGAACUCAUGAGACGGAUUUCACCAUCUGAGCGUACUGCUGUAAUUUUCUCUGCUUUGCCAGCUCCACUCAGUGGAACCCAUGAGAGUAACCAAGACUCUAUUACAUAUAUCGAAAAUUUAGAAGUUCUAGUGCAGGAUUUACCGCCUGUCAUGUUGAUCCAUGCUAAUAGUCUAACGGUUACAAUGUCGCUUUGAUGAAUACAAUACAAUUAUGACUUUAGAAGACAACGAUGUCUUUUAUUAGAACCCUUUCAGUG